GUAUAGAUGAGUCUGACACAUUGUAUUUUCGUACACAUUCGUCACGGUUAUUAGUCCAUGAUUUCAAUUAUUAUUGUUGUUUUUCUUUUACUUUCUAUGUAAAACAAAACAAAACAUAGGACUCGGACUUGCCACGCAGAUGCGUUGGCCCUCACCAACUAGUUCACUGUCGGACGAUUCACAAGCCAGGGCGGAAUCUCCAGAACCGAAUACCUUAGAAGAUGACAUCGAAGACCGCCGGAAGACAUGGGCAGGUCAUAAUCCUACAAAGGCCAAGAUUCCUAUACCGCAAAGAAAGGUUCGGAAGGGCCAUAAUAACGAGGCGAGGAAGAUACGUGAGAGCGAACAGCGGGCAAAGAGAGAGGCCAUGGCGAAGGAGAUCGAAGAAAUUCAGGAGCAGUAUUAUGAACAGCUCCGAGAGGUAGGGACGAAGUAUGGGCAAUCCUUUGAGACAGUCGUGAAUUAUGUCUCCUACUCUUCAAGGUACAAGAAGCAACGUGCGCCCUCUCUAUACCUUGCCAAAGUCUCGGCAAAGGCUGAAGAAAUCAACAAAGAUAAGCCAAUCGGUGAUAGAGUUCAUUUGGAUGAGAUUCGGAAGAUGGUCAAAGAUGAGGAGGACACCUCGGAUUAUGAAGGUAUGACAAAGGACGAGGAGAAGGCCCUAUUGGACCGUCUGCUGGAAAAAAGGACCAUCAAAAUCGAAGGAUUGGCUCACCGGACAGGUGCCCAGUUUGUGGGAUUCAUGUCGCGUAGCGAUAUUCAUGACACCUUUCAACCAACCCUUCGCAUCGUCGGGAUGAGCGCCAAAGAAAUUCUUGUGAAGUUUGAAAAAUUCUGUUGCGCACAGAGUUUGAACAUGAAUGACAGAGAGGAUUCGAAGGAUGUACGAGUGCAGUGCAUGGACUUGAUCUUACAGGGACUGCGAAAUAUCACAGGCGAAAAGAAUUUACGAAUGAACUAUGUCAACUACGAAACGGACAUCGUUGUUCAUCACCAUGUCAAGAUCGAUGGCUGGCCGAUUGGUAUCAAGUUCGAGAGUCUAUCUAACCUCAAGAACCUGCUGUUAAGAAUCAGGGUAUUUGAGCUAGUACACGAAGUAAUGAAUACUCGAGUAAAACCCAAGUUGUGAGCGAGGAUGUCCGAAAGCCGAGUUCCAACCACCAAGAGGGAUCCGCCGUAAGGGUGCUAACAAGCGCUAGGCGUAGUUAACGAGGGCGUCAGCAAGCGCUAGGCGUAACUAACAGGGUCUCCGAAAAGCGCUAGGCGUAGUCGGAAAGCAAUUGAUUGGCAAGCGCUUGGCGUAACCGAUCAGAGAGCUUAAAUCACACAGUUAAGUGGACUUCGAAG